AUGCCCGACUCAACCCCGGUAGACGACUCCCUCCUCGCCCGUUUAAACGCCUUGAAGAAGUCUUCUGUAAGCUUCGAUACGAACUUUUCUGCUUCUGUAGCCCCAUCAGCCUCAGCGCCCCCGAGCAAUGCGCCAGACGACCUCGCAGCUCGCUUUGCACGCCUCAGUUCCGCUUCACUUUCCAGCUCGCCGAUACCCUCGCGGACCGCCUCCUCCAGUAACACACAAACACGAAACGACGGAGCGCCUAUAAUAGCGCCAGGCGCGCCAAGCUAUUUGGAGGGGAUAGCGGAGGGUGUGGGAGGAGGUGAGACGGAAGUAAAUCCAGAGGAUGAAAAGAGUCUGGAGGAGUUGUUAGACGAGCUGAACUUGGGGCAGAGAGAGGAGUGGGACUUGAGCGGCAAGGAUGAGAAAGAUGUAGGGAAGCUGCUGAAGGAUAUCAGGACGAUAUUACCAGAGGUGCAGAAGAGCGUGCAGGAAAAGAGGACACAGACUGAAGCUCCGGCAGACGCGGAAGGAGGAAAGAAAGAGGAGGAGCUGAUGGACUGGGAGAAUGUGGAGGUGGAUAUCGGGAGUGGCGGGGUAAGAGUAGGCAAUGAAGAGCAGCAUGGAGAGGAGGAUGGCGACGAGGGCGAACAGAAGAAAACGGAAGAUCAGGAGGCAAACGAUGUAAUAGCAAGAGUAAUGGCGGAGUUGCAGAUAAGCAAGAAGUACGAUCCACCUUCUCCGCCGCCCGAAGAUUCCGCAUCCGACUCCGGCGAUCAGAAGUCUCCACAGGAGAAGGAGAAAGCUACGUCGCGCUCGGAAGACAAGACAGACAGCAAAGACGACUCAUCCCUCAACCUCCCCUCCGCGCCAAAGUCUCUCCCCUCAGACGACUUCGCAAAAACACAAGCUCUCGAAGACGCACUGACUGCGCGUUUGGCCGCCCUCUCAAAGCCCUCGUCCGACUCCCUAGGCCUUCCAUCAGCGCCGUCCUUCGCUCCAGCCAAAAAGCCACCCAAGAUAGAGUCUAGCCUGAGCAAAGCAUUGGAGGAGGAAGUCGAUACGUGGUGCAUUAUCUGCACUGACGAUUCGACGCUCAAGUGCCUGGGGUGUGAUGGCGACUUAUAUUGUCAAACGUGUUGGAUGGAGGGACAUAGAGGCGAGAGUGCGGGAUUUGAGGAAAGGAGACACAAGGCAGUGCUGUACAGUCGGGAUAGAAAGAAGAAAAAACAAGCGGCGACGCAAUGA